CACUUCGCCUGCUUGAUGGGCCGCCUCAACGAGCAGCGCCUCUUCCAGCCCGACCUCUGCGACGUGGACCUGGUGCUGGUGCCCCAGCGCAGCGUCUUCCCUGCGCACAAGGGCGUGCUGGCCGCCUACAGCCAGUUCUUCCACUCGCUUUUCACCCAGAACAAGCAGCUGCAGCGUGUGGAGCUGUCCCUGGAGGCGCUGGCACCCGGUGGCCUGCAGCAGAUCCUCAACUUCAUCUACACAUCCAAGCUGCUGGUCAACGCGGCCAACGUCCACGAGGUGCUCAGCGCUGCCUCCUUACUGCAGAUGGCCGACAUCGCUGCAUCCUGCCAGGAACUGCUGGACGCCCGCUCCCUAGGCCCGCCGGGCCCCAGCACUGUGGCCCUGGCACAGCCCGUGGCCAGCUGUGCCCCUGCCGCACCACCCUACUACUGUGACAUCAAACAGGAGGCCGACGCCCCCGGCCUACCCAAGAUCUACGCCCGUGAGGGCCCUGACCCCUAUUCGGUGCGCGUUGAGGACAGAGCGGGGACCGCUGGGGACCCAGUGCCUACAGCCCUCGGGCCAGCCCAGCCCUUCUUUAAAGAGGAGAAGGAAGGUGUUGUGGAAGAGGCUGGCGGACCCCCCACCAGCCUGUGCAAGCUGGAGGGUGGGGAGGAGUUGGAGGAAGAACUCGGGGCUCCCGGCAGCUACGGGCGCCAGGAGCAAUCCCAGAUCAUUGUGGAGGUGAACCUGAACAACCAGACCCUGCACGUGUCCACGGGGCCCGAGGGGAAGCCGGGCACUGGGACCAGCCCGGCCUCCAUGGCGCUGGGCCGGGACGAUGGGCUGCAGAGACACUCAGAAGAGGAGGAGGAGGAAGAAGAGGAGGAGGAGGAAGAAGAGGAGGAAGAAGAGGGUGGUGGUAGUGGUGGGGGCGAGGAGGAGGAAGAAGAGGAGGAGGAAGAGGGUGGCAGUCCCGGAGAGGAGGAAGAUGAGGAGGAGGAAGGGCACAGUGAACAGGAAGAGGAGGAGGAGGAGGAGGAGGAAGGACACAGCGAGCAGGAUCCAGAGAGUUCCGAGGAGGAGGAGGAAGAGGAGGAAGAAGGGGAGGCCGGGGCCAGGCAGGGGCCAGCAGGCUCUGGGGGCCGCCGGGGCAGCCAGGCAGAGCCCACUCCCCACAGUCGCAUGGCCACACGGUCCCGGGAAGGUGCCCGGCGGCGGAGCAGCCCGGAGCCAGAGGAGCCUGGGCGGCGGGGUGGGAAGCGACCGAAGCCACCUCCCGGGGUCGUGUCUGCAGCGGCCCGCAGCACACCAGCCCCUGACGGGCUGGGGGCCAAGGUGAAACUAGAGGAGAAGCAGCACCACCCCUGCCAGAAGUGCCCGCGGGUUUUCAACAACCGCUGGUACCUGGAGAAGCACAUGAACGUGACCCACAGCCGCAUGCAGAUCUGCGACCAGUGCGGCAAGCGCUUCCUGCUGGAGAGCGAGCUGCUGCUGCACCGGCAGACAGACUGCGAGCGCAACAUCCAGUGUGUGACGUGCGGCAAAGCUUUCAAGAAGCUUUGGUCCCUCCACGAGCACAACAAGAUCGUGCAUGGCUAUGCGGAGAAGAAGUUUUCGUGUGAGAUCUGCGAGAAGAAGUUCUACACCAUGGCUCACGUGCGCAAGCACAUGGUCGCCCAUACCAAGGACAUGCCCUUCACAUGCGAGACCUGCGGGAAGUCCUUCAAGCGUAGCAUGUCGCUCAAGGUGCACUCGCUGCAGCACUCCGGGGAGAAGCCCUUCCGCUGUGAGAACUGCAACGAACGCUUCCAGUACAAGUACCAGCUGCGCUCGCACAUGAGCAUCCACAUCGGCCACAAGCAGUUCAUGUGCCAGUGGUGCGGCAAGGACUUCAACAUGAAGCAGUACUUUGAUGAGCACAUGAAGACCCACACAGGGGAGAAGCCCUACAUCUGUGAGAUCUGCGGCAAGAGCUUCACCAGCCGGCCCAACAUGAAACGCCACCGGCGCACGCACACUGGCGAGAAGCCAUACCCAUGCGACGUCUGCGGCCAACGCUUCCGCUUCUCCAACAUGCUCAAGGCCCACAAGGAGAAGUGCUUCCGUGUCAGCCACCCACUGGCCAGUGACGCACCCCCUGCUGGUCCCAGCCUGCCCCCCACCCAAGCUCAGACCCAUGCCCUGCCCCUACUCCCCGGCCUGACCCAGACCCUGCCACCUCCACCACACCUGCCACCUCCACCGCCGCUCUUCCCCACUGUGGCCAACACUGGUGGUGGUGGCAGCAGUAGCGGCAGGCUGAAUGCCAGCAACUAAGGGCCGGACUGCACCUGCUAGGCUUGGGAGCGCGGGGUCCACUUUGGGAGGGCCGCAGGCUGGGCCAGGGUGGCUGGCCGGGUUCCGCGUUAAGGCUCUGGCCACACAGCACACCUGCAUGGUGCCCUCCUUUCUGCCACUCCUUGAAGCCUUUACUUUUUUUUUUUUCAAAGUAUAGGAACAAGAAAAGAGGGGCCACAGCAGCACCCCACUCCAGGUGAGAGGAGUGCUGGAGGCAGCUGGCCUGACCAGACCACUUUGGGGUGACAUCCUUGGAGGUGUUGUGGGCCCAGGCAGGCCUUGAGUGUGUGGGCUGGGAGUGGGGAAGCUGAUGGGGGCCACAGGCUCAGCUC